GCGCUCCGGAGGGAGAGCUGGGCUGGAGGUUUCCUGCCCCCUCGGCGCCCGCACCUUCCCUCCGCGCCCGCCGCUGAGCCCGCGCGGACUGGGCAGCCGGGGGCGCCCCCACCCUCUCCCCCCGGGCCGGGGAGCCGGGGGGCAGCGCCGGAGCCCGGGGGGAGCGCGGCCCAGCCGGCUGGCCGGCCAGGGCCGGGGGCGGCUAGGACGGCCCCGGGAUGCCCCCCUCCCCACCUGCCUGUGCUGGUUAUGUAAUUAACCUGCUGAGGAUUUCUGCCAAGCUGACCGUGUCCAGGGAUGGCUAAGGGGCCCAGGGCCUGGAGGGAUUUGGGGGAAGGAGGCACUGGUACUUACCCUAAUGGGAAGCCCAUAGAAGUGGAUAAACACCUGUUGGGGAAAGGACACCACAUGGGGCAGAAAGGAGAUCUGGGUCCUCAUCUUGGUUGAUAGCUCAGUUGGCUAUGUGGUCUUCACUUCCCUGAGUCUCUGGUUUUUGGUUUUGGUUUUACCUUCAAUAAAACAGGGAGAAGAGUCUCUCUUCUUCUCCCUCUCUUUCUCAUAGGCACACACCACACAACAUGUAUGUGCUGCACAACCGUGCAAAAGGGGAUAGUGACCCAUCCUGGUAACUCUAGGAGGUCCCACUGAGAUCUUAGUAAACCUCAGAUGAAUGAAGGACCCCUGUACAUAACUGUGGCUGCUGUUAAUUGAACACCUGCUGUUCCAGGCACUGGGCUUUACUUUCAUGGCCUCACAACACCCUAUGAAGUUUUUGCCCAAGGACACAUUUUAGGUGGCAGAGCUGGGAAUCAAACCUUGGUGGUCUCACCCCAAAUUCUGCCUUCUGCUUACUAUGCUGUAUGUACACAUACCCAAUAGAUUGGAUUUUCUGAGCCAGGCCAGACUAAGGGACAUUCAGCUGAGAACUGUGCAUAUAUGGAAAGAACAUAUAUCCACAGAGAAGGCAUGCACAUAUCCUGAAAAGCAUGACCCUGUUGGAAUCUGGUAAAUCCAUGUGCCCUGGGCCCACAUAGUAGGCACUGGUGUUGCCCUCAUGUGAACAGUCCCUGGACAGGUGGUCUCAGGCAUGGACCAGUCUCCCUGGUCACCAUCCCCAACAGGAGAAGGCAGCUGGUUAGGAGGUUUGCUUGGAUUAUCCUGGAAGUAGGACCUAUUAACCCUACUUUAUACGUGUGCAGACCGGGUAGGUGAUUUGCCUCUGACCACAGCUAGGAAACUUCAUAGCUGGGGUUUACCCCAAAGCUCCAAAGUCACUGAAACUGAGCAAGCAAGGAGCUAAUGAAUCCAUAGCAAGGUCCAACCCUGUAGCAGCCCUUUCCUGGGCACCUGCUGGCAGGGGGAGGGGGGAUUGCCAGAGAAUGAGACACAGCCCUUGGCCUGUAGGCAUCGACCAACUAGAAGCACUAAACUUGGAGGUCAGAGGUAUUGCAACUUUGUGGAGGGGAGUGGCUGCUGUUGCCAGCUGUGUGCCCUUGGGCACACUUCUCGCUCCCUCUUGAGUCUUCUGUAAAGGGGGAUACACAUCCCUGAGGGUUCUUCUGUUGACUAUGGGUAACCAAGCAGCUGUGCUAACAGUAAGUGCUCAAUAAGUAGUGUGCUCCAGAGCCAAAGUGGUCAUCUGGGCCAGGGUUCCCACAGGAUGUAAAAUGUCCUGCCCGAUGAAGAACUCCCCACAAAAUGCUGUGAGAGCCCCUGAGGAGACCUACCAGGCCUCAGCGCAUCCUGGGCUCUAUGGGAAAGCAGGGACUGGAGCAGGUCUAGUGUGCGUCCCACUCUGCUCUGCAGCCUGGCCUGGCUGGGGGUCAGAAGUGGCCACACAUCCGGUCAUAACACAAGAAAGAGUGGUUCCCACCAGUGGGUGGGUCAGUGGCUGGAAAAAAAAGGAGAAGCGAGGAUGGAGAGGCUGUGGGUCGAUGGAGCUAGGUGUUCUGGGAAAGGGGAGGCUCUCUGAGGGAUAGUAACAGCUUCAGCCAAGGUGGGGAAGUACAGGACAGGUCCAGAGAAACGCAGGCCCACCAAGCCCACCUCUUGUCCCCACAGUCCAGGUGGAGGCCGCAGAGGGCCCGGGGCAAAACAGGGGCAGCAAUGGUGGGUCCUGACGGUGGCUGAGCCCCCAGCCCCUGGAAUAUGCAGCCCGGGGGAGCCCCAGGCAGCGGCGAGGACGCGGUGGCGGAGCGGGGCGGGAGGCAUGGUCUCUACCUACCGGGUGGCCGUGCUGGGGGCGCGAGGCGUGGGCAAAAGUGCCAUCGUGCGCCAGUUCCUGUACAACGAGUUCAGCGAGGUCUGCGUGCCCACCACCGCCCGCCGCCUCUACCUGCCUGCUGUCGUCAUGAACGGCCAUGUGCACGACCUCCAGAUCCUCGACUUCCCACCCAUCAGCACCUUCCCUGUCAACACGCUGCAGGAGUGGGCAGACGCCUGUUGCAGGGGACUCCGGAGCGUCCAUGCCUACAUCCUGGUCUACGACAUCUGCUGCUUUGACAGCUUUGAGUACGUCAAGACCAUCCGUCAGCAGAUCCUAGAGACGAGGGUGAUCGGCACCUCAGAGACGCCCAUCAUCAUCGUGGGCAACAAGCGGGACCUGCAGCGCGGGCGCGUGAUCCCGCGCUGGAACGUGUCACACCUGGUGCGAAAGACCUGGAAGUGCGGCUACGUGGAGUGCUCGGCCAAGUACAACUGGCACAUCCUGCUGCUCUUCAGCGAGCUGCUCAAGAGCGUCGGCUGCGCCCGCUGCAAGCACGUGCACGCGGCCCUGCGCUUCCAGGGCGCGCUGCGCCGCAACCGCUGCGCCAUCAUGUGACGCGGCACCCGCCUGCGGCUGCAUCCGGAUGGGCGGGGUCCUCCCCCGGGACUGCGGGGCUCGGGCGCGGAGGGGCGGGUGGGACUCUGACGGUCCGGGCCUGCGACGGCCCCGCAGCCGCGCGCCUCCCGGUGAGAGGCGGAGGACGAGAGAGCCUCCGGUAACUGCCCAGUCCAACCCCUCCUCUGCAUCGGUCUUCCUGGGCCUCCCGCCCUUAGUGCUGUAGUUAGCGCAGUGCCCGGCCGGGCCCCCAAGGGGCUCCUCAGCCUUUUGGGAUUGGCGGUGAGCGUGGGACGUGGGGGGUGGGGAGGUGCUGCCUUGGCCGGGGCCCCCACCCGUGUUCUCCAGAGAGUGUGUCUGUCAUUGCCCAGCAUCGUCUUUUCCUGUGUCUGUCUGCCCAAGCGUCUGUUGGCCCUUAGCUGUUUUAUCCACCCUCUGGUCCAUCUUGCCGCCCCCAGCUCCGUUCACAGGGCUCUCACUUCAUUCAUCCCCUUGUCGCAGAUCCUGGCAGCUUCUUUGUGAGGCCAGCCUUUGGACCGUCAGCACCACGGGCACAGGGCAGAGAGAUGCGGGUGACCCAAGGAUCAUAAUCAGGGUCUGAGGGUUGAGGUCCUGGGUCAGUCAGGGGAAGAAGGCUGAGUUCUCCCCCUUCCAGGGAGAUCUCCCGGCCCAGCAGCCCCCAGAGACACAACAACCUACCUUCCAGCCUUAACUCGAUGGUCUAUCCCUGCCGGGUGCCCCUCAUCCCCUUCCUGACCCCAAAGUUAGAUCACCCCCUGGGUUAAAACAUCUUAUUCUUGACAGUGUGGAGAGGGAAUCCCCCAAAGGAUAAAUUUGUUUCCAUGAUGCCAGGUUCCAGCCCUCUAUUCCCUUCCUGCGUUGGGUUGUCUGCAAGAUUGGGGGAUGUUGGGUUUGGGGGGCUGAUGGUGGGCAAGGUGGUGCCCUGUGAGGGGGAGGGUUUAGGCUGUGCUAGUGAGGAUUCUUAUCUUCCCAUCCCACCCCAAUCUGACUGCCCCAGACCCUGCCUGCCUUGAAUCUCAGAUUUUUCUGAUAAAUCUGGGGAGGGGCAGAGCCAGGAAAAGAAUUAUGGGGACCUGUGUGCUUGGGGGAGAUAUGCCCAUAUCCCCACCCCUAGAUGGAGGCCCUCAGGAUCUGAUACCCCCUUGUCCCAGCACCAGUUGGCCCUAUGCCCUCACUCACUCCACCCCAUUUUCUCCGGCCGCCUGGCUGGUUUCUACCUCUCGUCACUGGAGCUGAUCACUGUCAGUUUUGUACCGAUUUAGAAAUAACAAAAUCCAUGAAGAUACUAGGAGCGGCCUGAGGGAUUACUGGGGUACUUGGAGGAUGGGAGCAAUGGUGCAUGUCCCCUGCCCCACACUGAGUUCUCUUUGAGGCUGAGCCCUGAGCCCUGGUGUGGUGAAAUAUAGGAAGGUCCCUUGUUAGAAGAGGGGCAGAUAGAACAACCCAGCCUCGAUGUAGCCAAGCUGCAGUGUGUAGACCAGAAAAAUCAGGUAGCCCAGAGUGGUGAUGGAGUGGAGUCUGGGGGAGGGGCCAUGGAUGGGGAAUUUAUCCAGAUCUAGUGUGAGAGGGAAUCUGAUUCUCCCUUCGACUUCCCCAGCUGAUUCUCCCUCCACCCAUGGGGUGUAUCUGCAGCCCUGCAGUGACUGCCCUGACCUUGGGCAGUCCCAUAUUCCUGGGUUCUAGUCCCUGCUGUGCUGCAUGAUUUUGGGCAAGUGACCUGCUCUCUCUGAGCCUCCCUCUGAAACAGAGGAGGUGGCUCCCCUUCCCCACACCUUGGGAGUGGCUGGGAGGGUAAGGAAGAGGGCCUGCUCCCUUUUAUCCCCUGCAUCCCUGCUCCCUGGUUCACCAGGGGGCUGGGGUGAGGGAUGGCAGCAUCUCACCUGCCCCAUCACUGUCACCCCUAGCUGUGGCAUCUGAGGUGGGCGUGGGGGACCCAGGCCUCUGGCUACCCCUUGUGGGAGCCAUUGGAAUGUAUUGCCUGGCCAACCCCCCUCACCCCCUCCACUGCACCCCAGGUAUUUGAUUUUGAUUCCAUGCACUCCCAUUCUGAGUCUCUGUUCCACCCCCACUCCUCUACCCACCCCACCCAGGGCUUCCCACCACAGGGUCUGGAAGUGUGUGUGUGUGUGUGUGUGUGUGUGUGUGUGUAUGUGUGUGUGUGUGCGCGCGAGCGUGCGAUGCCCACUGCGCUGUGAUUGGAAAUCAGAUUAAAAAUCAGGGAGUGUCUUCCCUCGUUUCUGUA